AUGUUGAAGAGGAACACCCUGGUUGAGGAGGGUAGGCCUCCGCGGAAAGUCCGAUUCCGCAUCGCCUCUUCCCACAGCGGAAGAAUCCUGAAGGAGGUCUACACCGAUGGAGAAAGUUCUGACUCCUUGGAUUCGGAGUAUACCAGCAGCUCGGAAACCGACCCCAACAGCCGUCUCAGUGGGUCGGAUGGACAGAACAACGGACACCUCAGCUCCGAAGGGGAUGAGAAUGAGACGGAGACAGGGGACAUGUUCUCCUUUGUGAGGGCCUCCAAAGAUAGGGGGUUUGGUACCAAAUGGAUCAACAUCCUCAGCAAAAACGGGACGGUUAGAGGGGUCAAGCAUAAAGUCAGCGCUGGCCAGGUCCUCUUUGACAACUUAGGCAAAGUCUUUGAGAGAGUUCAACACCCGCACGAAUGCCUCUCCUGCGGGGGCUUCGGCUUCCUUCCCUGCUUCACGUGCCAUGGGAGCAAAAUGUCCAUGUUCCGGAACUGUUUCACAGACUCCUUCAAAGCCCUCCGGUGCACGGCUUGCAACGAGAACGGCUUGCAGCGGUGCAAGAACUGCAUGAGCUAA